AUGAUCACCGGACGCGAUGCAUGGAUCGGGCAAUGGGAGAUACGCAAUGGCGACAAAAGGCGACGGCAGCGGCGACAACGGCUGCUAUGGUUCGAUGCCAAAGACGACGCGAUGUGUCUGGUAGUGACUGUGAGCAAAUUUAAAUCCACCGAGACGAAGAAGCGGCGGUCAUGUCAUCCAACAUACGGUGAGACUUGGACCCAGAUGGGAGGGGGAGCGAGAUGA